AAAUAUUCCGUAAGUGGUCCGGCUCCGGACUGCCUCAACUGCCGAAGCUAGAGAUAGGGACUACAGUGAAACAAAAAAAGAAAGAGAAAGAAAAACGCUUCUCUCUUCCAUUCCAGCCACCAUUUAAGACCAAAGCCCCAUGCGUGAUUAAUAAGCUAUUUCCUUCGUCUUCACUCCACCACCACCCUAACCAAACCAAACCCUAGAUCUUUUAUUACUCCUCUCGACACUUCCCCCGUGCUCUCUCUGCACGUAUAAUCAAAGACCCAUUUUCAGAUCUGACUCAUAUUGUCCAAUCCCAUUUCAAGUUCCCAUUUUUACAACGAUCAAUUUCUGUGUUGUCAUUGCCCACAACAAAUUCUAAUCUCUUCAGAUAACCCACUUGUUGGUUUUGAUUCUAAUUCUGGAAAGGAAUUAUAUAUUUUCUGGGUUAAUUUGGUUGAUUUUGCUUAUGAUUAUAUGGGAUCUCAUUGAAUUUUGUGGAUUUUGGAUUUGUUGCUGGGGUUAUUUAGAUCUGGGUUUGGGAUUUGGCCUUGUAUUAGUUGGGUGUGUGUGAUUACGUUGCGUGCUUUUUUUAUGACAAUGCAAUCUGGGAAUGUGGUUCUAUCAGACACAAUGCAGUUACCUACGGUUGCCGGUUCUGGUGGCGGUGGGUUCAGUGGGGGCGGCAGUGGCAGUGGAGAGAUCCAUCCGCUGCAACCUUGCCAGUGGUUCUUUGAUGAGCGCGACAUCUUCAUUUCGUGGUUGCGUGGGGAAUUCGCAGCUGCUAAUGCGAUUAUUGACUCCGUCUGUUCUCAUUUGCGCACUAUAGGAGAACCGGGAGAAUACGAUGCAGUGUUGGCCUGCAUUCAGCAGAGGAGGAGCAAUUGGAGCCCGGUGUUGCAUCUCCAACAGUAUUAUUCUGUGGCUGAAGUUACCCACGCACUGCAUCAGGCUGGUUUUAAGAGGCAACAGACGCAGAGGCAUUUUGAUCAGGUGAAAGGUGGAGGUAAGGAGCUUAGGAGAACUGGAAUGGGGUUUAAGAAAGGGCAGAGGUUUGAGGUGGCGAAAGAAAUACAGAAUUCUGGAGUAGAAGGUGGUGAGAAUUCUUCUGGCGUUUUGGUUUCAGAGUUAAAGUCUGCAGAGGGCGAAAAGGAUGCUACUUCAAAACCUAGCUGCUUGAAGAAAGUAGGAAGUUUGAAAGGAUCUUUAUCUGGCAACGAAGCUGUGUCUGAAGUGGUAAACGAUGGAUACCCUUCAAGCUGUAAAGAGGAUAAUAUACAUGCCAUUCCAAAUGAGAAUGAAAAGUGGAAUCUUGCUAUGGUUCCAAAAACAUUCACAGCUAUGGAGCCACAUGAUGGAAGAAUGGUUAAUGUGGUAGAUGGGCUGAGAUUGUAUGAAGAACUGUUUGAUGAGAACGAAGUUCCAAAAUUUGUUUCACUUGUAAAUGAUUUAAGAGCUGCGGGAAAAAAAGGACAUCUCCAAGGUCAGACGUAUAUUGCCUCAAAAAGACCCACAAAGGGACAUGGGAGAGAGAUGAUUCAGUUUGGCCUUCCUAUGUCAGAUGCACCUCUAGAUGAUGAUAGUACAACAGGAAUCUCCAAAGAUCGGAGUGUAGAACCCAUUCCUUCCUUGCUGCAAGAUGCCAUUAAUCGCUUGGUUGCAAUGCAAGUUAUGAGUGUGAAACCAGACUGUUGUAUCAUUGAUAUCUAUAAUGAGGGGGAUCAUUCACAGCCUCAUAUGUGGCCACAUUGGUUUGGAAAACCAAUUUGCAUGUUGUUCCUGACAGAAUGUGACAUAACUUUUGGGAAAGUACUCAUUGCUUUUAAUCCUGGGGAUUAUACAGGCGCUCUCAGGCUUUCUUUUGCACCUGGGAGUCUCCUUGUGAUGGAAGGAACAUGUACAGACUUUGCAAAACAUGCACUUCCCUCUGUCCGCAAACAACGCAUGCUCAUUACAUUUACCAAGCAUCAAUCAAAGAAAACCAUACCAAAUGACCGCCAGCGACUACCUUCCCCUGCAGCCUCGCAGUGGGGUUCAUCUAAAAGAUCACCAAAUAAUGUCCGCCAUACUGGUGGGCCCAAGCACCAUUUGCCAAUUCCAGCAACUGGUGUAUUACCAGCUCCUAUUAGGCCACAAAUUCCUCCAAAUGGUGUUCAACCUCUAUUUGUACCUACUCCAGUUGCACCUGCAAUGUCCUUUCCCACUCCAGUUCCCAUCCCGCCUGGUUCAACUGGGUGGGCAUCUCGUUUCCCUGUUCCUGGCACUGGAGUUUUCUUGCCUCCAUCCGGGUCUGCUAACUCAUCAUCUUCUGAACAGACAUCAACGGCAGCAACUGAAACCAGCUUUACAGUGGAGACCAGUGCCCCAACAGAGAAAGUGAAGGGGUCAGGUCGAAAAUCCAGUCACAGUACUCCCAAAGGGAAACUGGAUGGAAACACACAAAAGCUAGACAGCAAUGAAAGUGUAGAUGAAACUCUGUGAAUGAAGAGCGACAGCAAAAGCAAAGUGCUGACAGUAGUGGCAAAGAAGCCAGCUAGUGCAGUUUAGAAGCAAUAUAUCUCAGAGGUAGGCCAUGAACGUAAUGAGUUUUGAAGCAAAGUGUAAAGAGCGACAAAAAUGCAAGCAAGCCUUUUGACAUUUCAUACAAGUAGAGAGAACAAAGGGAUGGAGAAACUUUUGGUUUCUCUUUUCCUUCCCUUGUGUUCUCUUUUCCAUUUUCUUUUUGUUGUAUCAACUCUCACACCGGCUGGAAAAGCUCGUUUUAAUUCAAUUCUGGUUCUUAUAUUCUGGUUCAAAGAUUUCUCGUUAUAGGUUAAACAGUUACUUUGAUCAAGAAUCCAGCUUUUUACUCUUGGGAGAAUUCUUUCUCUAAUCAAACUCAUACUCUGAU